AGACGAGCCAGACUCGAAAGAAUUUAAUUUCGAAUUGCAAAACAUGGCGACACCGUCGCGAAUUGCGGACUUUUACGCUGGAAAAAGUGUUUUCAUCACCGGGGCAACUGGUUUGAUUGGCAAAGUGCUCUUGGAACGCUUGUUACAAACGUGCCCUGAAAUAUGCAAAAUUUAUGUCCUCGUCCGAAACAAGCAUGGCGUCAACGAGCGACGAAGAGUCGAAAAACUCGUGAAAUGCCAAGCUUUUGAUCACAUUCGGAGAACGAGUCCAGAAACUUUAAACAAGAUUGAGGCUAUCCCUGGAGACCUGACUGCUCCUGAACUUGGGAUUUCACCAAAUGACCAGGAAACAUUGAUGAAGAAUGUGUCAAUCGUGUUUCAUUCAGCUGCCACAGUCAGGUUUGACGAACCACUGAAAUCAUCUGUGCAAAUGAACGUCGUUGGCACACUGUCAGUCAUCAACCUUUGCAAACGUCUCCGGGAUUUAAAGGCAAUCGUUCAUAUCUCAACGGCUUAUUGCAACUGCGAACAUUCUUUUAUCGAAGAACGGAUUUACCCGACGUCUCAUGACUACGAGGACAUUGUUCAAUCGUCUCGUUGGAUGACUGCUGAUGAAAUGGAUGCCAUUUUCCCGCAGUUGAAGGGCGCUAAACCAAACACAUACGCUUACACCAAGAGCUUGGCAGAGCAGAUGAUCGGUAGGGUUGGAGCAGGGUUGCCCAUUGCCAUUCUGAGACCCACGGUUGUCGGGAACUCCUGCAAAGAACCCUUCCCAGGUUGGGUUGACUCUGCCAAUGGCGGCGGCGGGCUUUUGACUGCCCUUGCAAACGGGGCUUGGAGAUUUUCGCGCACCUCCAAAACCUCUCUUGCUGAUUUGGUGCCUGUUGAUUACUGCGCAAACGCCAUGAUUGUGCUGGGCUGGAGAUCCGGAACGACUUGGUAAGUUGUUCGACCAGGAAAUUGACAAUU